AGACGACAUUCACGAGUGAUUCAUUAGUUCACCAACUACCCGAGAAUGUAGUUGUCUCUGGUAGUUACAGACUGAAGCAGUUCUCUGGGCGGUGUUACAGCGGCAGGAUGAAACGUUAGAGGGAGAUAAACUGUGAAUAGAUUGAUAUAUUUGAGUGGAUUUGUGAUCCGCGUAGUGUAUAAUUGUUAGCGGUCGAGAAUUUGCCUCUGGUGGUGGAAUAGUUUUUCAGUGGAGGUAAAGCUAUUUUCACUUGCAGUAUGGUUAACUGUGCUGUACAUGACUUGACUCUUUCUACUGUUGCUACACUCUUAUGAGAAGCAACACGCUGCAAUAUCUGGGAACGAAUUCUUCGUACCUGCAUUCCAUAUAUGUUUCUUUACGAUGAAGAAAACUGACAAGUGGUUGCUUGUGUUGCUGGUAGUGGGCGGACUGUGGGCGGCGGAGGGCGGUGUGAGGACAAUACACAACUCUCAAAGAUUGACGAAAGAAAGAACAGAGCCUGAGGACUACGCAGAUAUUGAAAAUGACAGCGGCGAAACUCUGCGUGAAGAUCACGAAGGAGUCGUGUUGACUGACGGCGGCGGUGGACUUGGUGGAACGAUGCUGGCUGACAGCGGAGCAAAGUCGGCCGAGAGUAGCUGGAAGAACUUAAUAAAUGUCAACAGUGAAGACUACAAAAGUGGCUUCCUAAUGCAAAGUAAAAAGGAGGCGCUGAGGAAGAAAGCACAGGAUCAGCGUAAUAAAACCCCGCUGAGACCGGACGAAGUGAUUAUCAGUAUUUUCAGAAGGAUGCUUGAGCCGUUCGAGAAGGAGGACUGUCUUGAGAUGAUCCUGUGUCAGGUUGGCAAGGCUGCGAGUCACGUGAUGAUGCUGCGGGUGGGUCUGGGAAUGAUGACGCCCCACGUCCCUGAAGCUUACUACGUCUACGCUACUGCUCUCUUGAACGGUUUGGACAACCGCUGUCCUUACCACUGCACUUUACUGCACCCCAGAGAUGAGCUCUGAGAGACUGCCAGGACCCCACCUUCCCUGUCAAUGUGUGGUCUGGGAUACAUUUUUUUUUUUCCCCCUUGGAGCGAUGUGACGCUUUUAAACUAUUGCAAUUUUUUGGCUUAGGAAAGUUUUUUUUAAUAAAAUGUCAGAAAAAAUUAUUUAAAAUCUAAGAAUAAAAUCUUUAUCAUG